CCUGCUGUCUCUAUGUUCUUUUCCCUCCUUUUCUUUUUCUCUGUCCUUUGUCUCACUCCCCUUGGCUUUAAGCUUCAGAUUAUCACGAUACAGUAGUUGAGGAUUUAGAGAGGAAAUGGUAUCACGUUCUGAUCCCGCUGUGCUCUCUCUGUCUCUAUCUCAACUUCUCUCUCUCUCUCUCCCUCCCCGUCUCUCUCCCUCUCUCUCAAUCUCAAAUUCUCUCUCUCCCUCUAUUGUCUUAGCUGUCUGUUGGUGGAGGAAUGUGGUGUCACUCCCUCAAGUGGAGUUUGUUUUUGAAGAUCUCGUCAGCCUCCUUUUCACCCAGGAGUUCGGUUGACCCUACAACCUGGCGUCAUGGGGAUGUCACACGGUGGACUGACGACCCUUGUGCUAACAGGGUUGUGUGUUUUCAUAACAGGAUCAUCUGGGGCAGGCUGUACCACCUCUUUGACUUCCCUGGACUUAGGCUGCCUCCUGCAGUGGGAUUGUCCCAAGGCCAACGCUAACACAACCACAUACACUGUGCAGACGAUGACCCAGGGAGAUCCCUGGCAGAAUGUGAAGGGGUGUGUGCGGGUCUCCUCUCGGCAAUGCGAUGCCUCCGAGGCAUUCUCUGACUUCGAGCUGUACAACAUGAUUCGCCUCGGCAUCCACGAGGGCCCCGGGAGCCCAGUCUGGGACGAACCACUCAGUUUUGAGCCCAGCGAUUUCUCUUUCAGCCGCCCCACGGUCUAUGUUAAUCUGUCUGGCGAUAUGCUGGAGGUGAAGGUGCACUUCCCUUGUUCUACCAACAGGGGGAAGAGCUGCUGUCCAGUUUCAGAACUCAUUGACCCCUGGGUUACAGUGACUGUACAUAAUCAACAGAACUCCUCUGACUACAAGAUGCAUACCGGCUGGGCCCAGGAGGUGGUUUACGAGGCAGUGUUCCAAGACCUGGUCCCAGGGCAAGACUACUGUGUCGUGGCUAACUUCUCAUUCGGACCUCCCUCCUUCCCCCAGUCCUGGUCUCCACUAUCAGAACCCCGCUGCGUCCACAAGACUGCCCCCAGACUAGGACCAGGGUUGAAGCCUGUCAUUGUAGGAAUAGGAGUGUGUCUCCUGCUCUUUCUGUCUCUCCCUGCUUUUGUACUGUACUUACUGAAACAAAAACUGGAGACUCCACCAACUAACAAACUCCCCAAAUCUCUGGCAACCCUCCAAGAGUCCUUCCAAGACCCCCCCCAGUCCUCUUCCGAUCCCAUUGACCCCAGUGACAUCCAAGUGGAGGUGAAUGACCACCUCUCCAUCCUGUCGUCUUUCUCCAGCGGUGUCUACACUGAGGCCCAGGCCCCAAGCCUGGGGGACGGGUAUAGCAGCAACCUCUUUCCGAGUGACUACAAGUCAGGCAACAUGCACUGGGAUACCGGGGGAAUGGAGCUGGGCCUAAACUUUGGCAGAACCCUAACCCUACCAUGCUCCCCAGUGACUUUAGGCCUACCUAAGUGCAGCUUGGAUUCACCAGUCCAACCACAUCUGGACCUCACUGUGUCAGCACUGGCCAGCCAGGCCUCUACGGAGGGCUGUGCAGAGGGCCGGGGAGUCCCGCUGUGCUCAGUCAGGUUUGGUGAGGCGGAAGACGGUGAGAAACUGGAGGCGCUUUAGUGGUGAAACCACUAACACGUUACACUACAGAAACCAUAAUGCUCUCUUCACCGUAAUCCAAAGAACUCCCCAGUUCAACAUGACAGGGUGUUGGUUCUGGAAGAGACAGGACAGGAUCGGACACACUGAAGUGGUGGUCUGAUGUAGUUCAGUUGGUAAAGGCGGUAUUUAAAAAAAAAAAAAAGUAUCACAAGAAUAUUGGUAUCCACACUUCUCUCCCAGUAGUACUACUCUCCCGAUAAACAGUUUUUACCCCACAUACAAAAAUGUAAAACAAAUUAAUUCAAGCAUUAAAACUGCAGCAUUCUCUCGAAAAAACUGAAUGAUAUUUUCUAUAAAGCAGCAAUAACAGAACUCAGUAGAAUUGCAGGACAUUCACUUGAAAACAGAUUUUUUCCCCCUCAAAGACAUGAACAUUUAAAAUGUCCCUUAGUGUGUUUGCGCAGUCAUGCCGAAGUCAUAGUAAUGCACUUUUUUUUUAUCUCGCACAAAUUAUUUUGCUUAUGAGCAGCCCGUGAUUGAUUUGAGAAGCUCUGGGCAAGAUAAUGGUGCUAUCAAAUAACAUGGUUGCUUACAGAAAACUGCUUGGUUUUACCGUACUAUAGCAGUAACGAUGAAAACAUGGCUGGCAUGGCAACCAAAGCCUUUAUUUUUUUUAUUUUUAACAGCCAUAUAUUUAGCAGGGUUCCCAAUAUGGAUCAUAUCUGCCAUCUGAGGAAAGACUGACAGAAUCAAUAGGGCCUCUGUUGCAAGCAGAUCAAGACUCUAAAUCACCAGUGCAACUGGGUCUUUGAGAAGGCUGUCAGAUCACUAUUCCAGAUCCAGCUGGGUCUUUGAGAAGGAAACUUCAUUCACAUGUAUAGGAAUCAAGUACAAGGAAAUUAUUGUUGGUCUGUAAUGGACAGAAAUAGAAAUAAUACGGCUAGCUGUUUUAACAUAUUGAAUAUUACAUUUUCACCAAUAACAAUAGAAAACCCCAUUUCAAUUUAAAUAAUAAGAAAAUUGUAAUAAUGACAUUUUAUAAUCAUUCUGAAUUAUUUCGGCUGGAUUACAUCAUACCUUAACACUAUGGUUAACAAUUUCCAUCCUUAAAUUUAUAUUUCAUUGUGAAUCUUCACAACCAACCUGGUGACUUGCACAAUUCUCAGGGCAGCAUAGACAUUCCAAACACUCUAACACACUUAGAAACUAAUAAUAUCAAACUUAUUCUGAAUUGUUACAGUGCCAUAAACCCAUGUUUAAAUUAUGCUAUUUAUAACAACAAGGUGCUUAUUGGACAGUGGAUUUAAAAAAUAUAUAUUUUAGAGACCUCUAGAAUUAUAUUACAAUGAUAACUGUAAUUUCAGUUGGCUUCAUGGGGGUUGGGAGGUGUGGUGUGCUCCCAGGUUCAUGACUCAAAUUCACACGUCCUUUUUAGCCAGAUUUUGCGUCACACUGCUUGCUGAAUUAGGAAGUAGUCUGGAAACUACGCUCUAACCACUGUUGAGCUUACAGGGCCCUGACCUUCCACCAGGAGUCACUAGAUUGCAACGUGGCAAGGCAACCUUCCGAUCUGCCUUGCUUCUGACUCACUGUAGCCCAUCAGUCACUGGCCUCACUUGUGGCUUUCUGACACCUCAUUCCUGGGGGAGGGGGUAUGGGGUACAUCUUGCUCCUGGCCCCCUUGUUGCUUUUGGUGCACUUUUUCCAGAACAUUAAGAAACCCAGGGGGGUGAAGUGAGAGGCAUGGAGGAUGGCAGAGUUAAAACUAUGUUGUUGGGACCUUUUCACAUCUUACUCAGUUCUGGAACACUCAUAUUCAUAACAAUAUUUCUGUGUCUGGGGGAGUUUGAUUCAUUAUGUUGGACUAAUGUUGGAUUCUGGGAGAGUCCAAACAAAGCAGUGUGUGUCUGCCUGCCAAUCACAUACCUGUAGCGUUAUUCCUCAGGCACCCAACAGAGAAAUGUCAUCUAAUGAACUGUUUUUUUUGGAGCAGUGUUUUAUGCAUUCUGUAUUUGCAGUCAAUUCAGUGGAAAUGUGAUGCAAAACGGACGCCUUGCGGCUCACCUCCCCACUGGUGCGUGUUGGAUGGCUUUGGCGCUAAUGAGGUGGUAGCGGUGAAGUUUGAUAGGGGGUUUUGUGUGGUUUACGACAGGGUGACCUUUUUGGAGACUAAAAAAAAAACAACAUACUAAAUAAUGUCAGAUGAAACGUUUCUACUAGAUUCUAUUACCCCAAAUAAAUUAUACAUUUGCUUUCCACUCGGCUUAUACUGUGCUUUAAAUGUCAAGUUUCAUACACUCAUACCUACCUAACUGAGGUGAAGGACAGAAAGCAAAAUGCCUAUGUGAAAGGACAUACAGCAUAGCUAGAAAAAGCCACAAGCCUAAAACAGCUAGAAUUUAAGCAGUGUUCACACCUGUGCAAAAUAAAAGCGGGCAUUUGACUUGAGCUCAUAAGACAGGGCUCAAUGCAAUCAAACACUCGUACUAUUUAUGCAGAAGCUAUUUUCACAAUGAUCUAAUUAACUCACAGACCAACUGAUGAUGGGUACUGGAUAAAGACAAAUGACCAGGCCAGUGGCCCGUAACAGCCAUGUUUUCAGAAUCAGACGUGGGUGGACAGAAUAAAUAUUGUGAAUGGGGCGAACAAUGCGAUGGCAGAUAUGAUUGAAUCCCAGUCUUGGUUUUGCAUCAUGCUAGUUGUAUAAUUGCAGGAUUACAUUUCAUGCUAGAUAUUUAAUUUGCCUCAUUGUAAUUUGUCUUUUGCUCAUUCCAAGACAAGGAAAUGUAAAUGAUGACUAUGAUUCAAUAAAUGACUAAUUUGAAGUGCUUGUGUGGAAAAGGUUUGAUAAAAUGACAGAUUGUAUUUUCAGUUUUUUGUAUUAUGUUUUAAGUGGUAAAUGCACAAUCCUUAAAAAUAAAGUGCAAUGAGUACUACCGUGUAGUAGACAGAUUGAAAUUUAAAGGAAAGAUUACCACAUUUAUGAAGACUGCAUUUAUUCUUAGGUCAGCAAAAUCAGAAACUACCACAGUGCUCCAGCAAUACAGACUAUUGGAGCCAUUAUUCAUGAUUUUAAAGACAUCAUUUCAAUUAUGAAAAUUAGCUAAAUAAAUGAGUAAAACAAUUCAAACCCUGCCUACCUCUGGAUAAGACUUGCCAUAUAUCUAUUAUGUUGGAGAGAACUUGGGCACAUAUUUUCCAAAAUGAAAUAAACUUGGAUCUG